AUGACUAUCGUACUCUUUGCAUUCUCCAACGCUGUGCAGCUUUAUAAGAAUAUUGACACUUGCCUGGAAACUCUUCCUACUAUUGCAUAUGUACCAAAAUGCCCUUCUACAAAAGAAGAUUGGCUUAAAAGAGUGGAAGGAAAGCAAUGUGGGGCCAUUAAACAGUUAUGUACCAAAUCAGAAGACGACUUUGACUAUCACUGCUUAAUUAACGAGUGGGCAAAUGCUACACUAGAAGUGUGCGCGCCAGUUCGACAAAUCAUUGGAUCUUGUGCUGAAUUCAACCAGGGAAGAAAAAGUAUUCAAGAUAGCCCAAUAGAGUGUAAACAUUGUCCACAAUCAUACCGUUCAACGGAGGCCUACAAAUUUUCAGAAUGCUAUUUGUAUGCAAAUCGGAGACAAGUAACGACAGAAAUGUCUGGUGUUGAUGAUAAAACAUCAGUAAGUGCAGAUUAUUACGGAGAAUUUCGUAUUUCUCAUUUUCUUCAAGGGCUCAUGUUAUUGCUACUGACUAUGAUAAGUGGUAACAGAUAG